CGAGGGGAUUUGGAUUGAACCGAAAACCGAUUGGAGAUUUAAUGGUUUAGAUAGAAUCUAUCCCCACUUGCCGUUCUGGGGAUUCUGUUGUCAUUGUAAAAAAUAAGGGGUUUUGUCAAUCAGAAUAACCAAAGGGGCUUUAACGUUAUCCGUUUUCACAAAAGUCUUAAAUCUUGUGAUUUUGUACCCAAAAUAAUUUCGUCACAGUUCGUCUUCAUCGUAAAGCAGCCGGCCAAUCAUCAAGUGAGUAACCCUUCUCCUUCCUCCCCUUGAACGCCGUUAAAGCUUACUUUUACUUAUUCUUCUUCAAUCGAAACGACUGUUCUCACUCUCAAUAGCUGUUAAUUACUAUUUCGCUGAUGAGGAGGCUUUGCCCAUAUUUAUAUUCUGCAAAAAGGAUCCAAUUUUUAUGCGCAAAUGUUUGGGCACUUAUUGAAAAUCCAACUUUCAAUGUUUCAUCUUGGAGCCUAAGACCAUUACUAACAAACCCAGGUUUAGAUUUUAUCAAAUUGCCUCCGCCCUGUAACCCGCGUUUGUUUUGUUCACAAAUUGUGCCUAGUUCAUUAGGUCAAACUUCCGAAUUUGAAUGUGAGGAAAGUGAAGCAAAAAACAAGGGUUUGAUGAGUGAUGUUGGAAAGUUGUAUGAAAUUAUUGUGGAAAACUGUAAUGGGUAUGAUAAAAUGGAGAAAGCACUUGAUAGUGUUGGUAUUGAGUUGAGUACUGAUUGUGUUGUUCAGGUUCUUCAAAGGUUGCAUCUUGAAGAGAAAAUAGCAUUUAGAUUCUUUAUGUGGGCUGGUCGGCGGGAGAAUUACGCCCAUGAAGUGAAAGCCUAUAAUCUUAUGAUGGAUAUAUUAUCCAGUACAAAGUAUAAGGUGAAACAGUUUCGGAUUGUUUGCGAUAUGUUGGAUUACAUGAAGAGGAAUGAGAAGAAUGUUGUUCCUGUUGAUGUUUUGUUAGUGAUUUUGAGACGGUAUACGGAAAAGCAUUUGACUCAUGUUCAGAAAUUUGCUAAAAAGAAGAAGAUAAGGGUGAAGACGCAGCCGGAGAUCAAUGCUUUUAACUUGUUGUUAGAUGCUUUAUGUAAAUGUGGUUUGGUCGAUUAUGCUGAGGCCAUGUGUAAGAGGGUGAAGAACAAGAUCAAACUCGAUGGCAAUACCUAUAAUAUAUUGUUUUUUGGAUGGUGUAGGGUUAGGGACCCCAAAAGUGGAAUGAGGGUACUUGAAGAAAUGAUUCAAAUGGGUCAUACUCCUGAUAAUUUUACUUACAACACCGCCAUUGAUACCUUCUGCAAAGCAGGGAUGGUGACAGAGGCAGCUGAACUUUUUGAGUUCAUGAGAACAAAAGGUUCGACCAUGUCUUCGCCAACUGCAAAAACUUAUGCAAUCAUGAUUGUGGCCCUUGUACAGAAUGAUAGAAUGGAAGAAUGCUUCACACUUUUGGGGCAUAUGAUUAACAGUGGUUGCCUUCCUGAUGUUACGACAUACAAGGAACUGAUCGAAGGGAUGUGUCUGGCUGGAAAGGUUGAACAAGCUUAUAAUUUCUUGGAGGAGAUGGGCAACAAAGGUUAUCCUCCUGAUAUUGUUACUUAUAACUGUUUUCUCAAGGUCCUCUGUGACAAUAAAAAGAGCGAUGAAGCGCUAAAGCUUUAUGAAAGAGUGAUUGAAGUUGGUUGUUUUCCAAGUGUACAGUCUUAUAAUAUGCUGAUUUCAAUGUUUUUUGAAAUGGGUGAACCUGAUGGUGCAUUUGAGACUUGGUACGAGAUGGAUAAGAGGGGCUGUGCACAGGACAUUGAUACUUACUGUGUAAUGAUUGAUGGGCUUUUUGAUUGCAACAAAGUGGAAGAAGCAUGUUUUCUGUUGGAAGAGGUUGUGGACAGGGGAUUAAAAUUGCCAUACCGGAAAUUUGAUUCUUUUCUGAUGCAGCUUUCAGUGACUGGUAAUCUCAAAGCCAUCCACAGACUUUCAGAGCAUAUGAGGAAGUUCUACAAUCCUUCUAUGGCAAGACGUUGUGCACAGAAUCAAAAGCGAAUUAGUCGGAGCAUAAGAGUGAAGUAAAAAGACUUGAAACUAAUCCAUUAACCAGUUUUGAUUCAGUCUAUAAUGAGCAACAUGAAUGAAUUGCCGACACUGGAAUGCAAUACUGAUAAUCUUGCUGCAAUUUUUGGCAUUGAUCUUGAACAAAUAAUGCAAUAUUUUUCG